GUGAAGGCAGACAUGGAGGAGCUCAGCGCCGUGGGAGAGCAGGUUUUUGAUGCGGAAUGCAUUUUAAACAAACGACUGAAAAAGGGAAAGUUGGAGUUUCUCGUGAAGUGGAGGGGAUGGUCAUCCAAACACAACAGCUGGGAGCCCCAAGAAAACAUCCUUGACCCAAGACUGUUAGCUGCAUUCAACAAGAAAGAACAAGAAAAGGAGCUUUUGAUGCGUAAGAAAGGGAAAAGGCCAAGGGGACGACCACGGAAAAUCCUAGAAAAUGUGCUCGAGGCUCCAAAGUCAAGCAGCUCUUCAUCUGGCUCAUCAUCUGGAUCGUCCUCCGAUUCCUCAUCCUCGUGCUCCUCCUCUUCGUCGUCAUCAGACGAUGAUGACGACGAUGACGACGACGGCCACGCUACACAGGCAAACCCAAGCAUCAGAACACGAGACCUUCAUCCUGUCCCUCAGAAGAAGGCGCAGAUUGUCGUUGCAAAACAGGAGCCCCCAAAGAAACGAAGCAGGAAACCUCUGCCCCCUGACGUGAAGGAAUUUCAACAGAACAAGGGCGCUCGCAAAAUCCCAAAGUCACCCAAAGAUACAGAUCUUCCAGGAGCGAUCAAGAAGCCUGUUCACCCAGCAAGCUUCACCUUUAUGGGUUUUCACCGGGGCUCGCCUAGGGAUGCAGUGGGUGGUCAGAACAGGAGCUCUCUGACCCCGGGCGGGGCUGUUAAAAACCCCAUGACCUCUGUGGGAUCUGGCAGGUCAGUACAAUCUGCUUCCCCCUCCCUGAGCAAAUCCAGCCAGAGCAAGAAUGUCACUGAGGGUAAACUGUCAAUGUCCAGUAUGAGCAGCGGGACAAGUCUGGAUUUAAAAGCAGCUGCUAGUAAAUCAAAAGGGGUAGCAGCGUUGAAUUUGAAUACAUCCAAACACCCCAUUCAAGGAACCACGCAGCAUACACUAAGUUCCCCCAAUGGACAAAAGAAGCCCCAGGCCCCUGUGUCAACACUGCAGCGGAUACCCAGUACUAAAGCAGUGGCUUCGUUACCAUCUAAGAAUGCCACCUCCAAUCAGGGUCCUGGCCUUCAGCCCCUCAACCUUCAGAACAAACUGGUGCAAAGCAAUGAUGCUCCUGGAAAUGGCACUACUCCAGUCUCAGGCCUGAGAAAUGCAACAUACCCAGCGAGGAAAACUACAGCCACACAAAAUCAGGAGUAUAAUGCUCCAAGGAGUCCAGCAACCCUGGGACGACUACUGGCCAGAAAGAGCCAGCCUGGAGCAGACAAGGUCAAGGAGGCACCUGAAAUCCAGACCCCCAGAGUCCAAGGCAGGCUGGACGGCGUGCAGAAGUCCUCUACAGAGGUCCAGAGUCCGCAAGAGAGAGCGGCCUCCAAAGACGGCAAGAAAGCCAAAAUGAAUGACAUGAGUACGGGUGAAGACGAGAGCAGCUCAGACUCCGAUCAGGAUUGUUCCUAUGCUGGACAGGACCGCUCUGUAGCGGUCCAGAGCCAGGACUGGAAACCCACACGUAGUCUGAUAGAACAUGUGUUUGUAACGGAUGUCACUGCUAAUCUAGUUACUGUCACAGUCAAGGAGUCGCCAACCAGUGUGGGUUUCUUCAGCAUUCGCAACUACUGACAGGACCCCAGAUACUGCAAACCAGAUGGGCUUUGAAGCGAGCAGAGGGGUUAUGAGUUCGGAAGGAAUUAGAUAAACUUUUGGCUGGAGAAUUCCUGAGGAAUGCAUCAAGGAAUGGAGGUUAAUUUGCUUCAUCUUCUUUUAGUAAAAGACCAAUUUUUAGGUUAAAAAAAAGUUAACAAAAAGGACAGAAAAUCACUUCUUGAUUGUGCUUAUUUAUUUGUCUACACAUUGUUGAAGAAAUGGCAGUGGAGAAGGACAAUGCCCACAGAGAUGCAAGAGGCAGCAUAUUGGUCUUACCUGAUGAUAAUAUCAAGUAGAUAAAUCUUUGUGGAUCAUUGAGUCCAAAAUUGCAUUGUUGCUGGGGUUCUGGACAAAUGUAUUCAACAUUUAAGAAACAUGAUAAAACUCCCAACGCUCUAUGAAUGUUGCUGAAUCUAUGCGAAAUAUUAACAUUCAUAUAUGUUGCUCUGUGUUUCUCUGAUGAUGAAAUAACCUGUUUUGUUAUAACAUCCAACACAGCAGAUUAGAGGAAUAUCUUAAUGAAGAAAGGGUAGGCAGGAGCAGGAGAGUCUUUUAUGGGUAGCAGACAUUUAGUUCAUAGUGUCACUGUGUUGAAUCCAUAUCAGUCAAUAGCUAAUGUAAGCCAGUUUUUGAUUCUUAGUAUAGUAUUAUUUUAAUGUUUCAUAAAUUAGCUACCUCUUUUUUUUUUUUUCACUGUUUUGCUAUGUUCUGUAUAUUCAUUUUUCUCGGGAUAGGAAAACCUUUCCCUCCAGGGUAUACCAUCAUUGUGUCUAUAUAAUUGUUUUUAUAUAGUUCUACUGCUGUAUAAACCUGUUACUACCAGCGAGCAGCAGACAACAGCUUCAUUUUCUCCACCAGAACAACCUCCGAGGUCCACACUGUUGAACUGUACGCACCAUUGUCGCCUCGAAAAGAAGUUUCAUUCCACAGUGCAGCCAGUUUAUCGGCGCAGUUUUCCAAACGGACAGAAGCAUGCGGGGAAUAAGAUAGAGUAUCUCUGUCCCUUCCCAGCGUGAUAAGACUCGGCCCUGGGUGAGGUUUGCUCUUCUGCCUUUGCAUCAGUUCCGUCCUUCAAGGUAUUCACCAGCAACUUGAAUCUUCUUAGACUUGUUAUUAAUAUGGAGAAUAAGUGCUUGCGUUGACAUGGCAGGAUGAUCAUGGACAGUACACCUGCUGGUGCUUUUCCCUCAGCCUGCCAGAGCUUUCCAUGAGACGUUCCGAUCGCUGACAGCAAUUGGUUUCAAACCACUGCGGUAAAGGUUGGGUGUGGACAAUAAACUGUUCGGCAUUGUUUGUCGCUGACCACAAAGCACCAGACUUCAUUCUGUCUGUUGCAACUGGUGUUUCCUUUCCAGUACAUGAAUACCAGAUUGUUUUUUGUUUUUUGUUUUGUUUUUUUCCCUUGCAGCUGCAGACAUCUCAUUUCACCCACCUGCAUGGGUUCAGGAGCUGCAGGCCCGGCCUCCCAGAGAAAAAAAAAGUCUUUAUCUGAUGUAACGGAAAAGAAACCACAACAAUGUGCGCUACUUUCUGCUCCCUUGAGAGGAGUUCUGCAACAAAGCACUUCGACUGAACUCUUCUGUCUAAUCCUGCUCUGCAGACUGUGCCUUCCUUUCUCUCAAAGACUAAACACAAAGGCAUUACCCCAAAGAUAGCUAGAAUUUCAGUUUGUUCAUGAAAGGAGUACCCCUAGAGCAUAGCAUGGAGACUGGAACAUUUUUGGGUUCCUGUUCAUAUUGUUUUGAAGGGAAAAAUCUCUGCUUGAAGACUUAACACAAAUGUAUGGAACAAAUGUUUGUUGCCUUAUUGCAACAGUAAGAGUGGUUUAGGUUAAAGGUAUAGAGGGAGUUUCCAAUCAGCAAAAAACUAAAGGAGUGCAUGUCAUAUUACAGGUGUUAACUGGAAAAAAUGGUAGUACACAGCAUUUGGUUUCUUCUUGUCAACAAAGCUCCAGCAUUUAUCUUUUUAAAAGUACAUCCAGCGUUGGGUAAACAUUAGUCUAGUCGCAAACAGAAUGUCAUUUAUCGCUACCAUGUGAUAGGCUAUGGGGUAAUGCAAGGUGUUUAUAUAUGAAAGUGUUUUUUUAUUGCAUCUACUUUUUUCUGUAAUUGAUGAAAAGAACGAACUUGCCAUAAAUGUUUGCAGUUGUGGUCUUCUUUUUUAGAUCUACUAACCAUCUCAAUGUUAUGUUCUCUUUACAAUAUAUUUAUUUCAGAUCAAGAGCCUUUCAGGGUAGGACAGUGUCAUCAAUCAUUGUAUUGUGCCACCUGUCACAUUAACAAAUAAAUGGUACAACCUUU